GGCCGCGCCAUGCCUAAGGGGGCGCCGCGAUGGGCCAAGGGGACGAGAGCGAGCGCAUCGUGAUCAACGUGGGCGGCACGCGCCACCAGACGUACCGCUCGACGCUGCGCACACUGCCCGGCACGCGGCUCGCCUGGCUGGCGGAGCCCGACGCCCACAGCCAUUUCGACUAUGACCCGCGCGCGGAUGAGUUCUUUUUCGACCGCCACCCUGGCGUCUUCGCACACAUCCUGAACUACUACCGCACGGGCAAGCUGCACUGCCCGGCCGACGUGUGCGGGCCGCUCUACGAGGAGGAGCUGGCCUUCUGGGGCAUCGACGAGACCGACGUGGAGCCCUGCUGUUGGAUGACUUACCGCCAGCACCGCGACGCCGAGGAGGCGCUCGACAGCUUUGGCGGCGCACCCCUGGACAACAGCGCUGACGACGCGGACGCCGACGGCCCUGGCGACUCAGGCGACGGCGAGGACGAGCUGGAGAUGACCAAGCGCUUGGCGCUGAGCGACUCCCCUGACGGCCGGCCAGGCAGCUUCUGGCGCCGCUGGCAGCCACGAAUCUGGGCGCUUUUCGAGGACCCCUACUCAUCCCGCUAUGCGCGGUAUGUGGCCUUUGCCUCCCUCUUCUUCAUCCUGGUCUCCAUCACCACCUUCUGCCUGGAGACCCAUGAGCGCUUCAACCCUAUUGUGAACAAGACGGAAAUCGAGAAUGUUCGGAAUGGCACGCAAGUGCGCUACUACCGGGAAGCAGAGACGGAGGCCUUUCUCACCUACAUCGAGGGUGUCUGCGUGGUCUGGUUCACCUUCGAGUUCCUCAUGCGUGUCAUCUUCUGCCCCAACAAGGUAGAGUUCAUCAAGAACUCGCUCAACAUCAUUGACUUUGUGGCCAUCCUGCCCUUCUACCUGGAGGUGGGCCUAAGCGGCCUGUCCUCGAAGGCCGCCAAGGACGUCCUGGGCUUCCUGCGCGUGGUGCGCUUCGUGCGGAUCCUGCGCAUCUUCAAGCUCACGCGCCACUUUGUGGGCCUGCGGGUCCUGGGCCACACCCUGCGCGCCAGCACCAACGAGUUCUUACUGCUCAUCAUCUUCCUGGCCCUGGGCGUCCUGAUCUUCGCCACCAUGAUCUACUACGCCGAGAGGAUAGGGGCACAGCCCAAUGACCCCAGCGCCAGUGAGCACACCCACUUUAAGAACAUCCCCAUCGGCUUCUGGUGGGCCGUGGUCACCAUGACGACGCUGGGCUACGGAGACAUGUACCCGCAGACGUGGUCCGGCAUGCUGGUGGGGGCGCUGUGUGCGCUGGCGGGCGUGCUGACCAUCGCCAUGCCCGUGCCCGUCAUCGUGAACAAUUUCGGGAUGUAUUACUCCUUAGCCAUGGCUAAGCAGAAACUACCAAAGAAAAAAAAGAAGCAUAUUCCGCGGCCACCGCAGCUGGGAUCUCCCAAUUAUUGUAAAUCUGUCGUAAACUCUCCACACCACAGUACUCAGAGUGACACAUGCCCGCUGGCCCAGGAAGAAAUUUUAGAAAUUAACAGAGCAGACUGUCCUCAGUUAGCUCGGGACUUUUUCCCUGAACCCCCAGCUGGGCAAUCCCCUUGGGGGUAAACCCAAGGAAACACCCAGCAACCCCCACCCCACCACAGUCUGUGUGCCCCCCCGCCCCUCCCCGCCGUGCCCGCUGCUGGUCUGAACAGUAAGUACAUCCUGGUGCCUGGAGACCAGGUGGAAAGCCAGUCCUGCUGGCUGAGGGCCCUGACACCGGGGUCUCCUUGCUCCAAAGUUUAAAAAAAAAUGACCCUCUUGCGGACGCUCAUCUAUCUCAGCCCAUUUCAAAGCCUGGAAACCAUCUCCGUGAGACGCUGCCCAUGCUGCCAUUUCAUCAUUGCAAGCCCUCGGGUCUAGUGGGGGCUGAGGAGCCGUGGGCCAGGGGAGGAAAGGCUCCCCGCCUUCUGGGGAGCAGGGGGGAAUCCAGGUUCCUGGUGGCCAUCUCAUCCAAAGGACGGGGUAGAGGCAGAAGGGGUGGAGUCUUGGCUGAGCUGACCCUCUGGCCUUUUUCAGCAGUGCCUCAGGUUGAGAGAGUCAGCCCCUCCUUGGUUUCUCUCCCUCCCAGCCUCCCCUCUGGAGCUGGGGAGGGAGAAUGCUCCCUGUUUCUGAGAGCAGCCAAAACUGCAGACAAACCAGCAGCCCAGGGAGGCUGGCUCCUAAACACAUGCACCUAGUCACACACCCUCGAAGUCAUGGCUGAGAGAAGAAGCAGGCCGCGCAGAGUCCGGGGAUCUCUCCAGGGAGGGAGAGGUGCACAGCUCACGUCCUCCAAGGGAUCCUUAUGGCUGCCCCCUGCCCCCUGCCCCUGCAGGGAAAACCAGCCCCAACCAUGGGCCCUCUAAAGGGUGUGAGAGCUAGAUACUCCAGGGGCACGGCACGGGGGGCAGAUCCAUUGGGUUGGGGCUCACUCAGAGUCAGAGGAGGGGUCCUAGCUUUGACCACCCCUGGGCAAGAACUGUAGGCUGUCGAUGUGUCCACUGACAGACAAUGGCCAACAGAGAGACAGCAGGGCCUGGCUCCCCUCCCACAUGGAGACGCUGCCUGGUCGGACUUGCUGUUUUCCCAUUGAGGAACAUUUGUCCCGGUACAAGGGGCCCUGACUUCCCCACCGGCCCCCACAUCCUCCUCCCACAGACUUCCUCUCCUCUCCCCAGCCACCUCCUCCUCAGCCCAGAGACCCUGGGAGAGAAGCCAGAGGCCAGCCAGAGUGGGAGGCAGGGCCGGGCGUGUCUGUGCCCACUUGUGUGCCCGCAGACACGCCCCACACGCUAGGCAGCCCUCAGACCCCAGGCAGGCCCCAGCCCCAGUUACGUGGUAUCAGAGUUACCUUGGUAACUGGCCUUUCUGGCUCAGAGUAAAUUGGGGAGUGAAGCCCCUGGGAUUUGUCAAGAAACGCAUUGUACGUGAAAUGCUUUGCCAUCUUGUAUGACAGACUUUUUUUUUAAGUUCCAAAAUUAUGAUGGGAUUUUUUUUUUUGAUUUGCUUUAUGAAUAAACCUGAUUGGUCCAUUUC